AUGUCGGACCUUGACGAUGAUGAUCCCGUCGAUAACAAGCCCCAGAUUGAGGAAGAAUGCCGCCCCCAGUGCUCCAAGCUCUGGACGGCCUAUGGAGCCUGCAUCAAGAGAGUUGCUACUGAUAAGACCGGCGAGGCCCACUGCUCUGGCCAGUACCUGGACUUUUGGAAGUGCAUCGAUCAUUGCGCCGUGCCAAAGGUGUUUGCAACACUCAAAUAACGACGAUCGCGCUCUCUCUAACGCGCUUUGCUCAACCCCGCCAGUGACCCCAGCUUUUUGAAUCGAUUUUUAGGUCUCCUUGUUCUCCCGAAAAGCUUCAUCAUCAAAUAAAGACAGCCGGGUUUUCACAAUUCCGCAACGUACCCGAAGGGUAGCUGCCAUCUGUG